CGCAAAGAAUUGAUUAGAUAACUGCCGUUAUCAAAUCGUCCAAAAGCUAAUUACGUGAUAUAAGUACAUUGUCUAGUAUUUCAGCCUCUUUAACAGAACUAAGCGAUGAAUGAACUAGUUAUUGGUAUCGAUCUAGGUACCACAAACACUUGUGUUGCCUGUUAUCAGAACGGUUCGGUGGAAAUUUUGGAAAAUUCCGAAGGAGGAAGACUCACACCGUCGUGUGUAUUUUUUCUGAAAAAAUCUGACUCACCACCAAUCGUUGGUCAGCAUGCAAAGAGAAUGGCAGACAUGUUGCCACCUAACGGAAUUUAUGAAAUUAAACGAUUCGUUGGUAAACGUUUCAAGGCCGUAGAAGAAACUUUGCAGUAUUUUUCGUUCAACGUUGAAAACAGGUCUGACCGUCCUGUGAUUAAAAUCGAACGCGACGACGCCACACUGGAACUAACUCCUCACCAAAUUAGUUCGUUAAUUUUGAAGAAAAUUAAAACAGACGUGGAGGAUAAAUUGGGACACAAAGUCGACAAAGCUGUCAUCACAAUUCCAGCUUAUUUUAACUCAACUCAACGAGGAAAAACUUUGAAAGCGGCCAACGCAGCUGGCUUUACUGUUUUGAAGCUGUUUAACGAACCGACGGCGGCAGCUUUGAGUUAUUAUUUUAAAAAAGACGACGAGACUAACUGCUAUGCAUUGGUUUAUGACUUAGGUGGGGGCACUUUUGACGUAUCCGUACUAAAACGAACUGCAACCAGUAUCGACGUUAUAUGCGUGGAUGGAGACACAGAACUGGGAGGAAAAGAUUUUGAUAAUCUUAUCGUUGACUAUGUUUGUGAAAAAACAAAGGAAUAUGACUGGAAUCCCAAGGAAGACAGGAGAAAAAUGCGCAGACUGCAAAAUAUUUGUGAAGAUGCGAAAAUUGAUCUUUCUCAGGCCGAAGAAACAAGUAUUACUUUGGAAGGAUUCAUAAAGAACCACGAAAUGGUAGAAAUAGAACUGGAAAGGGGCGAAUUUGAACUGAAAGCAAAAAAUUUAAUUGAAAGAACAAUAAACAUUGUUGACAGGUGUCUUAAAAAUUCUAAAAUUCCAAAAGACCGAAUUAAGCAUGUGAUGUUGUCGGGUGGUUCCAGUCGGAUACCGAAAAUUCAACAAGAGUUAACUAAAUAUUUUGACGGUAAAACUCUCAACAAGUUUAUUAACCUCGACGAAUGUGUUGCAGAAGGAGCUGCUCUUCAGGCGGCCAUGUUAGCCAACAACAACAUGCAAAAAAUCAAGAAACUGAUCACGACCGAUGUAGUUCCUUUGUCCCUUGGAGUAGAGCUUUGUGCUGACAGAAUGCAUUUUGUUAUAAAAAAAGGCACCCCUAUACCUACAGGUAACUCCAUAAGUGUUUCAACCACAAAAGAUCAGCAAAAAACAGCACCUUUCAAAAUAUUUGAAGGUGAGCGUUUAAAUGUAAAGAAAAACCACUAUUUAGGCUCGCUCCUGUUAGAAAAUAUUACUCCGGCACCUCCAGGAGAAUGUAAGAUUUUAAUAACGUUCACUAUAGACCACAACGGUGUAUUGGGAGUUAAAGCAAAAGAGGAAAUGCACAACAACAUAAAGGAAUUAACUGUUGAAUAUACAAGAGGAGGCCGGAGCGAUGGUGAAAUCAAAGAUGCCAUUAUCGACGCUGAAAAGAACAAAGAAGAAGAUGAAUUGUUUGACGUAUUCUCAAAACGAAAAUUGUAUUUACUAGAGUACUGCGAAGCUGUUAAAUACAAUUUGCGCGUUUUAAACUCUAUGGAGAUGUAUCAGGACAUUUACAAUUGGUGUAGGGACGUCCAAGCAAGAUGUGAAAGCAUAGAUGUUGAUAACAAACGCGAAUUAAAUAAUCUCAUUAACAAAACUAAGAAUCGGUGUGAAAGAUGUGUUGAAUUUCCUAAUUUUAAAGGCAUGCCCGCAUCUCCAUAACGUUUCUGUAUUGUAUUUACUUUAUCUACUUUUUGGUCACCUAAUAUUUUCGCUUGUAAGAAAUAUCAGAUUGUUUUGUAGAAAUAAACAAAGUGAAUGAGAAA